AUGGAGCCGGCCGGCCCGAGCGCGGAGGAGGCCGGCGCGGAGGCCGGGGUUGGAGACCCGUAUCGGAGGCCGGCGCGGCGCACGCAGUGGCUGCUGAGCGCCCUGGCUCACCACUACGGCCUGGAUCGCGGCGUGGAGAACGAGAUCGUGGUGCUGGCCACCGGCUUGGACCAGUACCUGCAGGAGGUCUUCCACCACCUGGACUGCCGAGGCGCCGGUCGCCUUCCGCGCUCCGACUUCCGCGCGCUCUGCGCCGUUUUGGGGCUGCGCGCCGAGGGCGCCGCCUCCGGGGAGGCCACCGGGGAUGCGAUCCCUGGAGACUCCGGGGAUGGGACCUCCUCCGGGGAUGUGGCCGCUGCUGAUGGAGACGCGGACGCCCAGGAGGAGGCGCGUCUGGCGCUGCGCGCGGAGCCCCCGGAGCUCACUUUCCGCCAGUUCCACGCGCGCCUCUGCGGCUACUUUGGCACCCGCGCGGGUCCCCGGCUGCCCCGCGGAGCGCUCAGCGAACACAUCGAGACGCAGAUUCGCCUGCGCCGCCCGCGUCGCCGCCGCCGCCGCCAGCACCCGACCCGGGUGCAGGGUCCCGACGAGGGUGGCCCCGAGGGCCCGGAGGGCGAGCGCGUGGCGAGGCUGGAGGAGGAGAACAGCAGCCUCCGCGAGCUGGUGGAGGACCUGCGCGCCGCACUGCAGAGCAGUGACGCCCGCUGUCUAGCGUUGCAGGUUGGCCUCUGGAAGAGCCAGGCAGGAGCGCACGAAGAGGGAUGUGGCAGGCCCGAGGCGGUAGCGCGGGAGCUGCGACAGGCACAAGGAGCGCUGGCGGCGGCGGAGGCCCGCGCUGGGAGGCUGCAGCAGGGCCAGGCCGAGGUGCGGCGACGCGCAGAGGAGGCCCGGCAGGCCGUGCUGCGCAGCCUGAGCCGCGUGCGGGAGCUGGAGGCGCUGGCACAGCAGGUGCCCAGCUUGCAGCGCUGGGUGCAGCAGCUGGAGGCGGAGCUACAGCGCUACAGGUCACAGGGUCCCCAGCUGUCAACGCCCCCUCAAGGUAGCCCAGAGCCAGGAGUCAAGAGGGGUGGCCCUGAGGAGACUGGGACCAGAGCCACGGCCACCGCUCCAGAGCAAGGCUGGCAGUCAGAGAGCAGAACCCUGGAUGAAGUGGACGAACAGCUGUUCCGCUCCGUGGAGGGCCAGGCGGCCUCUGAUGAGGAGGAGGAAGAGGAGGAGACGUGGUGGAGGCAGAAGAGGCCACCAGAGGCCCGGGCUGAGUGGCCCUCCGGCUGUCAGGGGGGGUGGGACGAGCGGACAUCGAGGACCUGCCAAACCUCCUCGGGCCACUUUGGGGGCACGGACCACGCCUGCAGCCUGGGGGAGCUGGAGGCCCACAUCGAGAGGCUGGUGGGGCAGCUGCAGGCCCAGGGCUUCGGUGGGAAGGCCCUGGGGACACCCGUGGAGGAGGUAGAGUCCCAGAAGGGGGCGGAGGACGAGCGCCUGAGGCUGGAGCUGCAAAUGGUGGAAACGGAGCGGGUGCGGCUGUCGCUGCUGGAGGAGAAGCUGGCCGACGUCCUGCAGCUCCUGCAGAGGCUCCUCGACCUGAACGUCUCGAAAAGAGCCCUGGGGCAGGUCCUGCUGAGCACCCUGGACGCCUGGAAAAACCCAGCACAGGAAGGCACACCUGGGCCCUCGGCUGUGCUGGGCGCCCUGCACCGAGCCCUGGCUGGCUGUGAGCUCCUGCAGAGGCCAACCCCAGGACAGGCCUCUCCGAACCCCGCUCUCGCCAACCCCCUUGUCCUCUCCUGCUGAGGUCACGGACACAGCCGGUGGGCACCACUGGUCAGCCUGACCGCCAUCCACCGGCCUCCAUUACCGGCCUCACCACAUCCAUCCAGCCUCCACGACCAGCCUCACCACGGUCACAUCAUCAGCACUCAGGAGGCCCUGAAGGCCACCCCUUCCUUGGGCCUUCCCCCACCUCCCUUCACAGUC